CAAUUUUACGCAGUCCACGUCCACCCUUCCUAAGUUCCUCCACUCUCUUCUCUGGUUCGCUCCACCGACUUCUCCCUCCGCCUUCGUCGACGGCAGCUACUGCUUCUCCUUGCCAUUGUCAUCGACUUCUUUCUCCACCUUCGUUGACGGCCCAAUCUGGUUCGAGGUCGACUUCAUCGAAGCUUCAUCCAUCGCAGAUCUGAUUUUGGUUCGAGUUCGACUUCUCCCGCUCCACCUUCGUCGACUUCUCCCUCCACCUUCAUCGACGGCCCAAUCUAGUUUGAGUUCGACUCCCUCUCCUUUUCCGUUUGACUCUGCCUGAUACCCUGGGUCUCUUUCGACCACUUCACCUCCAUCUUUCUCGGCACCGUUGACGCAGGUGUUCGCAUUUCGAAAUGUCGAUGGCUGGUGACUCAACUUGGGUUGGUAGGAAGCCUCUCAGACGCAUUGGGGGCAUGUCAGACGCUCUUUCUAUUGCCUCCGAUCUUGGUUUCUCUGUCUCCCCUCCUCCUUCCCAGGAAGAACUUCUUAAUUCAUCCUCCACUACAGGUGAAAAGGGUGAAGACUUAAUCAGGGUUCUGAGAGAACUAACUACUGUACAAAGAAAAAUCGCUGAUUUGCAAGUGGAACUUCAAGGUCGCAAGGAUGAUAAGAAUGUUGCACAUUUGACCCAUGUCAGUGAAAUGGAAAAGAAGAUCGAGACAUUGGGAAGGAUUACAAAUAUAUUGAAAGAUGUUAUUCAAAAUAAGGAUCGCAUUAUAGCUCGCCUACAGCAACCUUAUUCGCUUGAUUGCAUUCCUGUAGAAGCAGAAUAUCAGAAACAAUUCUCUGAACUAUUGAUGAAGGCUGCUAGUGAUUAUGGUGCCUUGACUGCAUCAGUGGCAGAUUUCCAUUGGAGUCAGAAUUUCAAGGAACCUCCUUCUGUCUGGGGGGAAAUGCUUCGACCAAUCCCAGUGGCUUUGGCAUCUUGCACUCGGUUCUUCGAAGCCAUGUCAGCAAUGAGAGAAUCGUUUGCAACUCUUCAAAAUCUGAGAGUCGGUUAUUCUGACACCCUUGGGCCAAGGACACCUGCUGGAGAUCCCUCUCAGAGACUCCCAGGAGUUUCUGAUUGUGUGACACCACCGCCAUGGAAAAACGAAUCAAGCUUCGAUGACUUAGCUAUCAGAAACCUAAGGAGGCAAGAAUUGGGUCAGCAGGCAGUAGUAGAUGGAGAAGAGAGCCAGGCAGGUGAGGUCCAUCAAGAUAAUGGUACAAGCCAUAGGAGACUGUCUUGGCCUCCCUCAGUUCAAAAGAGUGUUGUUUAGUCCUUGAUAUUGUUAAUGCGUCCUUAUGAAAAAUAUAUAUACAUACAUAUCCAUCAUGCUGAAAUUGCUUGUGCAGUUUGUUUGUUCAUCUUUAUUAAUUUUGUUUCUUAAUUAGUGUUUGUGGAGCCUGAUUCAUUGAUAAGACUUGAUAAAUCUUAUACCGCUUAGAAGUAUUCUAAAUA